UAUUUAGAAACUGAGACUACUUGUAUAUUGUCUCAACCAAGGAUUGAACCCUCUUGACAUCUAAAUCCAUCUGACAAUCUCGCCAUCAAGAAGGAAGUUAUCAUUGGCUGGAUCCACACAACACAUUAAGCUAUAAAUUUGCGUAUAGGCAAGGAACGUUCUGAAAAUAUGUUGGGGCAGAUUUAUGGGUAGUAACAAACCUCUGGUUCUCAGUUAAUACAACCAACAUAUUGAAAAAGUAACAAGUGGGAAAAUGAUGGGUUAAACCAAGCCAACAUUUGUUACCAAUUUUUUUAAGAAUUUACAGUGCAGUGAAAUAUAUUUGAAAGGAAGGACUGCAACUGCAUAGUAACCUCAAAAGGGGAGAAAAAAACUUGCUUUGAUCCUGUCGGGAAGCUGAACAUUAUUUGCUGUCUCCUUUAAAGACUGCAACUACGAAAUCAGUAAUUAAAAAAAAAAACAAGUUCUAAAAACAGGUUCUGUAACCAAGCAUUUGCCAUGACGACAGCCUUAUGUUUGGAGAAUGACCUUAGCUGCAGACCAGAACGGUAAUUGGUGGGAAGGAGCCAGAAGCUUAAACAAAUUUGCUUCUGCAAUGCAACUGGUGGUUUCCAUACCUGGUAACUGAGAUUUUCUUUUCCAUUUGUCUACAUGCUGACAAAAGUGUUUUGUUGGGGAAAGUUUUGUCCUGACAUUCAAAUAAACUUCUCUGGUUAGGAACUGGAGCUUAUGCCGUUUAACAGUUUUUAUUUUGAACCAAUCACAAACUGUCAGAGCUAGAGCACUAGUUCCAUUUGGUGCUUCACUCUCAGAAGCUAUACAUUAAAGGAUAUAUCUAUGCAUAAUAUUCCUGUUCACCUUGCAUAGUGGCAAGACUAUCCCACUAAUUUCCAACCAAAUAUCAGUGCCCUUGUUGAUGCUUAUCAGAUACUGUACAUCCUUCUCAUUAAUAAUAUCAAGUUUCAAUAAAAAGUUGCUCUCAGCAGACAAUUGAAAUGGCCAAUAUUAUGGCAAACCUAAAGACUUUCCAGCCAGAAUAUGGGAUUGGGACGAAUGAGCCACUGUUUCAUCUGAGGUCUUAUGCCAAAGGAUUGAUGGUGAAUGCUUGUGCCCAUGCACUUUUCUUCUGCAAAUUACUCAAUGCCACCAAACAGAAAAAAGAGAAUUGUGGGGAUGUACCCGCUGGUUCCCAGGCUUCUAAUGAUAAUCAAAGACUGAAGAUUGGGAUUAUUGGUGGAGGCCAUCUUGGGAAACAACUAGCCAGAACAUUGUUACAUUUCGGUGCCAUUUCAGGAAAUAACAUCCAGAUCUCCACAAGACGGCCAGAAACUCUAUUAGAAUUCCACAAGCUGGGAGUUGAGUGUGUCUAUAACAACAAGCAGCUGAUAGGCUGGGCAGAUGUGGCUUUUCUCUGCUGUCUUCCAUGUCAUCUUCCACAUAUAUGUUCCGAAAUUCAGGAUUCUCUCAAAAACUCUUGUAUUAUAUACAGCCUGGUCACAGCAAUCCCUUUGGCCAGACUGAAGCAACUGAUUUCCUCCUGUUCAAUCUUGAAGCCACAGUACAAGUGCUCUGAGAACAGCUCUUUUUGUAUGUGGGAGGCUAACAGGACAAUUCUGGAAGCCCUCAAAGAUACAGCAGUGAUCCAGGCGACAUGUCCUUGCAACUCCAAGAGCGAAAUAACUGUCAACAUGAAGUGGCUGGCAGCUGUAUUUUAUGCAGUUUUAAAUAGCUAUACCCAACAACAUUUAUCCUAUACAAGGGCUCUGAGAUUGCUCAAUCAAAUAUGUUUUUGUGAAGGCAAUGCCACCACCUCAUCUCCAUUUCUAGUUUGUGAACAUUUUAUCAACCAAGCCUUUGCUUCCUCCUUGGCUGCUGCUGAUUCCUUUCCCUGGUUUGAUAUAACAACUGUACAGCUAAAAGACUCACCUCUUAGCCAGUUUCUUGAAACAAAUACAUCUCUUCAGGAAAUCAUUGCUUCAUGUUACUUUAACAUGAUAACAGCAUUGGCCACAAAAAGUGAAGAUUUAACGACAUCUACGACUAAAAAGAUACCUCUCACAGCAGUGCUGCUGAAACCCACUAAAUCAUUGAUUUUUCAAAUUGAUGAUUCCGCAAAGAAAAUGGAAGAGACAUCUAGUACUGAUUCUGAAGAUUUAUAAAUUAUCCAAGCUGUUAGAAGUGGAAAGAUUUUGUUUUGCUCUCAUUUUUAGCAUUAAAAGAACUUUGGAAGCAGUAUUCUACAAUGGUGUUAUAGGAAUUCAAAUGGUAAAUAUUAGUGAAAGCCAAUUGAAAAUUAAAUUUUGCAGUGAAAAAUUAGGCAUAAAUGCAAAAUAGAAGGAAAAUUCUAAAAACAUGAUUUAUACUAUACAUUCCCCCUUCUAUCAUACUUGUCAAUGUUGCAUUCACAUGAAUACACUAAUAUUCCUUGGUAGUACAGGGGUUUAAGGCACCCUGUUAUUAAGCUGCCUGCAAUUACUGCAGGGUUCGAAUCUCGCCAAGGCUCAAGGUUGACUCAGCCUUCCAUCCUUUCUAAGGUAGGUGAAAUGAGGACCCAGUUUGUGGGGGCAAUAAGCUGACUUUGUAUAAAUAUACAAAAAGGAUGAAGGCUAUUGCUGAGCACAUUGUAAGCCGCCCUGAAUCUUCGGAGAAGGGCGGCAUAUAAAUCAAAUUAAAAAAAAAUAAAAAUGUUUCACUGUCAUUUUGUGUACAAAUUCCACCAUGUUACACCCUGUCAUAUAAGGCUCUUUAAUUGAAGCUUGUGUUUUAUUGUGUUUUAUUGUAUCUUUUAGAUCUGAAAUGCUUACUCCCUUGGCAUUCAUAAGUCUACUUUUCAGACAUAAAUUAUAUUCUAAAUACUCUAUUUAUAGGUUUGGUUGUUUGAUUUUUCAUGUUGCUUCACCUUUGCAUUUAUUUAAAAUUUAAGAAUAUUAACAAAAUAUAAUUGGCUUAACUAAGUAUUGUUGCAUUUUUGAUCAUUAUAAUGAUCAUUUUUCCCAGUUUAGAAUAAGAAGAUUGGGCCUGCAGUGAAAUUGAUACAUGUACUUCUAAAGAAAUGAAAGUUCUAAAUCACAUUGCUUAUAAAUUAGCAAAUUCCAGCAGUAAAAUUUCUUAAUUUUAUAUGGCACAAGAACAUUUUAAGCAGUACUGCCUGACUUAGGUGUUUUUGUAAGGAUGCUGUCAAUUGAUCCUAAAUAUUUAAAGCAAUUCAUUAAUAUACAGCACCUGACUUGAAGCCCCAUAUAUUCUUAUUAUAGUCCUCACAGGACAAAUGAUAAGACUUCAUCAUAAAUACCAAUAAGAACAAUCCUCUGUGUUCACACAUGACUUUAUUUUGCAAUACUGAUGUGCAAAAUUUUCUGUUUUGCAUCCAUCAGUAAGCUCUUCCUCCAUGAUAUUUAGGAUUAGGAUACUGGUUAAACUGCAUCCAUAUACAAUUUUGUUCCCUGUGAAAACUGAAGUAGAAAUGCAGAAAAAGUUACAUGUAAUAUCUGAAAUAUGUGAACAAUAAAUACUUUCUCUUAUCUUGAGAAAAAUGAA